AUGAAGACUCUAUUCCUCCUCUUCCUCCUCCUCCUCCUCUUCGCCUCGGGAGCCUGUGAUGGUGUCAAGUACAUCUCCAAGAGGAACUCAGUGGAUGGAUGCAUCGACUGGUCGGUGGAUCUGAAAGAGUACCAUGUUCUGGCCGGUGAACCGGUACGGGUGAAAUGUGCCUUGUUCUACAGCUACAUCAGAACCAACUACACCAUGGCUACCAAUGCCAAGUUGCGCCUCAUCUGGUACAAGAACAAAGGAGAUGCAGAGGAGCCCAUCAUCUUCUCAGGCCACAGGCUGAGUAAAGAAGACGACUCCAUCUGGUUCAGAUCUGCUGAAAUGGAGGACAAUGGAUUCUACACAUGUGUACUAAGGAACUCAACAUACUGCAUGAAGGUGUCCAUGUCGAUGACAGUGGAGGAGAGUGACGAGGGGAAAUGCUUCAGCAGCAAAAUCCGCUAUUUGGAGAAAGCUGAGAUUACCCACAGCAAAAUGAUCACCUGUCGGGACAUAGAAGACUACUUGGCUCCAUACAAACAACCACAGAUGACCUGGUACAAGGAGUGUGAACGGGUCGAAUGGAGAAGCUCCAUCAUUGUGAACACCACACACAUCUGGAUUCCUGAGGUAGAGGAAGGCGAUGGGGGAAAUUACACCUGUGAGUUACAGUAUGGAUCCAGACUGGUGCGGCGGACCACACAACUCAAAGUCACAGCUCUCCAGACCACUCAGCCUCCCAAGGUCCUUUUCCCCCCGGAGAGGCAAGACACAGUGAUAGAAAUCAUGCCUGGUAUGCCACUCAGUCUGGACUGUAAGGCGUUUUUCGGCUAUAGUGGAGAAAACAGAAGACCCAUCAUCUACUGGAUGAAAGGAGAGAAGUUUGUUGAAGAACUUGCAGGGCACAUUAAAGAAAGUGAAGUCAGGAUUUUAAGGGAGCAUUUAGGAGAGAAAGAGGUGCAGCUAUCCUUAACCUUCGAUGCUGUGGAGGAAAUUGACCUGGCUAACUACACUUGUUAUGUGGAGAACCACAUUGGGAAGCGCAGCGGGAGUGCUAUACUACAGAAGAAAGAUAUGUAUCGCCUGGAGUUGGCUGGCGGCCUGGGGGUCAUAUUGCUGCUGCUGGGAGUCCUAACAGCACUUUAUAAAUGCUACAACCUGGAGAUCAUGCUCUGCUACAGGAGGCACUUUGGGAGUGAUGAAACUGAAGAUGAUAAUAAGGAGUAUGAUGCGUAUCUGUCUUAUACCAAAGUGGAACUGGACUGUUUGGGCAGGACAAGCAGUGACGAAGAAACUUUUGCUCUGGAGAUCUUGCCGGACGUUUUGGAGAAACAUUAUGGAUACAAACUGUUUCUACCAGACAGAGAUCUCAUACCCAGCAGUACCUACAUUGAGGACUUGGCUCGAAGCGUGGAGCAGAGCAGGCGUUUGAUCAUUGUUUUGACUCCAGAGUUUGUCGCCAAAAGAGGGUGGAGCAUCUUCCAGAUAGAGACUCGCCUCCACUCCAUGCUGGUUACCGGGGAGAUCAAGGUGAUCAUGAUAGAGUGUGCAGACCUGAAGAGUGUAAUCAACUACCAAGAGGUGGAAGCACUUAAACAUACGAUUAAGGUUUUAUCCAUCAUCAAAUGGAGGGGUCCUAAGAGCAAUGAGCUGUCCUCUAAGUUUUGGAAACAGGUGGUCUAUGAGAUGCCCGCUAAACGCAGAGAGACAUUGUCAAGACGCCAGGUGAUGGACUCUGGUGAACAGGGCCUCUUUGGUGACCUACAGACCACCGUCUCCACCAUUGCUAUGACAACCACCUCCGCCUCCCUGGCGCCCCCUAGUGAGAGUCGCCACGGACAUCAUCAGGUUGCCUUGGCGACAGAGAUCCCUGACUACAACCAGAUGACCUUGCCACUGGGAGGUGGUCACACGGCUACAGCAAGCCAAAUGAGGCAUUUCUGCCGCAGCUACGAGUUCCAGCUUCCCCAACAGCCCUCCUCCCUGUCGCCUCCCCUUCCACCUCCCUCCACCGUGCAGUUCUCCACUCUAGGCCCUGGGGGGCGCCACGUCUAUUGCAACAUCCCUAUGACACUGCUGAAUGGACAGGGGUUCAAAGCAGUUGACUGGGAAAGAAGAGGUGCCUCAGAGCAGUACACUUGGGAAGAAGCCAGACGUCCACCUGAACAGCACCUUCGUACCACUCACCAGCAGAGAACUAAGCUCUGA